AUGGCGGUGGAGAUCCCCAUCCCGGAGUAUGGCCCCAUUGCGAUGGACUCCAUGAGCCAAGAGCAGAAAGUGUCGGCACGAGCGAUGACUGCCCUGGGCGCGCACACGAGGAUUUUCCAGAAUGUCCGCGACGUCCAGGCUCAGAACGUCCGCGAGAGGUGUUGUACGGACCAGUGGUUAGAUGAGAAUGAGCGCGAGUGGAUGUGCUUGGACUCCUUGAUGCGCUCGCGGCCAUGGGCGACAAACAGGGAUAAAGCGUUCCCUUAUCCAUUCCGGGAAGCUACAGACAAGAUGCGAGCCUUGGAGGGUGCCUGGUCUGGAGACGACGACCCCUUCCCACGCGAGUGGACGCGCGGCGUGGCUGGAGACAAGGUCCUGACCAACGUUCGUCAGGUCAAGGAGUAUCCGCCCGAGUUGCGCUUCAUCUUGUUCACGCCCGAGUUUGGAAGCGUGAAUUCUUUCGCGGCAUCAUCCUGGCAGCAGCUGGCUUCAAGCCACGACGCGGACUUCUGGAUCGUCAGCUGGCAGGGAUGGGAGAACUGGACGGAGAUGAUCGAGCAAGUUACUCGCAAAGUAUUGUCUUUUGCAGAUGGAGUUAGUACCGUUUGGUAUGGGCACUCCAUGGGUGCCAUUGUGGCGUACGAAGUGCUUAAACGAUUCGACCAGCGAUAUCGGUCGCCGAAUCUGCCAGUGGCGUUGAUCGUCAGCGGCUGCCCAGCCCCGCAUCUCUUUUCGGACUCCUACCGGCCACAAGAGAUGCACGACUUCCUUUUGAAGCUCCGCAUACCGAACGACUUCGACAUAUUGACGCAGGAGAAGCGAGACAUCCUGCUCAAAGAGUUUCAGGUGCGGCUCGACAAUCGGCAAGAUGCCCUGCAGGAUGUGACUUCACAAGCUGGCAACACCUCCGAGCCGACAGAUGUUCGAAGCGAAGCGGAGUAUCGCAAGGCCAUCGUCACCGACUUGAAGGUGUUGAUGUCUUAUGCCUUCGAGCAUGGCGAGGCCAAGGCUGUAAGUGUCCCGGUCAUAGCCAUGGCCCACGACGAGGAUAGCCUCGUGGAGCCGCAGAUGGUGCAGGCCUGGGAAGCUUACGCCCCGGCGCCCGACAGCUUUGAGUUUCUAGAGCUGGAG